CAUCAUUCAGGUGAGUACUCAUAUUCUCAUGUCUCCACCUUCUACAGCCUGAGGAUACUACUGCACUGCACCAGACACAGGAAUACACCUCUCACUUAACAAGAUUGUCCUUUAAGUAUGUUGGCAGAAAUGGAGACGAUGGCUUUUGUCAGGCUGAGUGGAGACCGUGUGGCCUGGAGCGGAGUGGCUCCCUCAUCCUGCCCUGAGGUGGACCUGGAGGUCAUUGAGGAGUAUCUGCAGGAGCAUUCACUGGAGGUCCAGCCUGCACGCACACCUGCAUCACCUCCAACCACCGUGGGGCAACAAAAGCACACACACUCCCACCAGAGCACCAGGAUCAUAGAAAAUAGCUGGUUUGGUCAGCAUCCGUAUGAGUGGCACUGUGACCCCUACACUCCAAAUGAGGAAUAUGAAGAGCAUGCCCUGCCUCCAGCUUUGCCUAGUCCCCAUGACCAUCAAUGGGACCACAUUUCUUACUACGUGGGACCUGCAUACAUUGACUCAGACUCCCAGUCCAGUAGCUCCCAGUACCAAGAUUCCCCAUCACCAUCGUCGGAUAGGGGAAGCAGGAAGGACAGAGACUCCCUGCCUCUUGCCCCACUUUCAGCUUCUUCCUCCUUGGCAGGAAAGAGGAAGGAGCGAUUGUUCCAGUUCCUGUUUGAGAUGCUCCAGACGCCAUCGAUGCGUAACUGUAUCUGGUGGGUCCAGUCCUCGGCUGGUACAUUCCAGUUCUCCUCCCAAAACAAGGAGCGCCUGGCGGAGCUUUGGGGCCUUCGUAAGGGCAAUCGCAAGACGAUGACCUACCAGAAGAUGGCACGGGCGCUGAGGAACUACUCCCGCACGGGCGAGAUUCACAAGGUGAAGAGGAAGCUCACCUACCAGUUCGAUGAGAAGACACUGCGAGGCCUAAAAGGAGAAUCUAAUGCAGUGUAAGAGGCCUGAUGGACAGUAUAUAAUAUAUAUGUAUAUAAGCAUGGAAAACAAUAAGCACAAUGGAUAUUUACGGAAAAUCACUGUGGUUGUCCCAUUCAUGUCCAUUCUGCUGAUUCUAAUUCUAUGGUAUGUAGAAACAAAUGAAUACUGGGUAUUUGAAAAGCCAGAGGAUGAAACACUGUAGGUCAGAUAAGGGGCAAACAGGAAAUGGUGCUAGUGAUGUGAUAGGCAAUGCAUGAAAAGUCAGCUGCCAUUAUAAACUAUGUAAACCUAACAGGUUAUCACAUAAUAUCUACUUCAUAAGUAGAACUACUAUCAUUCUUAAAAUAAAAGUUGUGGUUUUCUGUUUUUUGUGAUUCUGUAUUGCAGAUAGUCAGCAUUUACACGAUAAUUUUAAAGACUUAAAAAAUAGGUUGUGUAAACAUGAUCUGUUUGUGUUAAAAUAUAUUUUUUU